CCCCGGCGCUGACGCCACAAUGCUGCUGCUACGUCACAGUUCGGGCUGUGGAACCCGGGGAGAGAGAACGAGCGUUCUGGAAGUCGGCGCUAGGCCAGCCCCUCACACGCCCAGCAGCGCCCGCCGCCACACAGCAGUAGCAGCCUAGCUGGCGGAGCGGGCAUGGGAACGUCGCUCCUUGCGUGACUGAGCUUUCGGUGCUGGCCGGCCGUACGCGCCGAUAAUGCUGAAGAUGAAGCUGCCGCAGAGGAGCAGCCAGCACAGGGCAUCGGACGAGGAGGAGGACGAAGAGGAAGAGCGGGUAUCUAGUCGCCCCUGCCCCCGUCACGAUUGCCCCUCAGCAGCAACAGCUACGACCACCUCGGCGAAGAGUGUACCCGGGCCGGGCUCCCUGCAGCGUGAGGCCGUGUACGAGUGGUUCGUGCGCUCGCUGGGCCCGGCGCAGAGACUGGAGUUCGCCUGCGGGUUGCUGGAUCUGUGUAACCCGCUGGAGCUGCGCUUCCUGGGCUCCUGCCUGGAGGACUUAGCCCGCAAGGACUGCCACUACCUGAGGGAGAAUGAGACCCGGGCCAACGGGCUGGGCGGGGAAGCGGGCUCCGGCCUGCAGCAGCUACUGGGGGACCUGUGUGACCCGAUCUCCCGCUCCAAGCUCAUCAUCUACCUGGCGCUUCUCGGCUCCGAGAACCGGGAGGUCGCCGGCCGCCUGUACCGCCUCCUGCUGCUGCCAGCCGUGGGCACGGAGGGACUGCGGGGGGCCUGGGAGCAGGAGGACCGGGAUCCCGGGGAGGAAUUGCUGCUGCUCUACACCAUGGCAUCGCUGCACCCGGCCUUCUCCUUCCACCAGAGGGUCACCCUGCGAGAGCGCCUGGAGCGGCUCGGGGAGGCCAUGUGCAGGAAGAGCCGGACGGAGGAGAAUAUACGUGAAUAUUUGCCAAGAGGCGAUAAACACAUGGAUGGCAGUAGAGGUGCUCACAAUGGCGUCAGUGCAACAACUCAUAAUCUUCAACAAGAAGCUGUACAUAUUGAGAGCAUAAAUAUUAAACAUGUUCAAAGAAGAAGAGCAGACAAGAAUUCAGACUACACUUUUGAGGUGAACUGGUCUGAUAACUCCCGAACAUCUGUGACGAAAUCGUAUCGGGAGCUGGUGGAAUUUCUGUUAACGCUUCCAAAGGAGCUGUCCAAUGAAAAUAUUGAUAAAACCAUAUUAGAUGCCUUACAUCUAGGGAAUAAGAGAGAGGAGCUUCAGUACCCAGACUUGGAGCCUAUAGUAAAGCAAAUCUUUUCAUCUCCGUCCCAGGAUCUCCUUAAAAAUCGCAGAGUGUACAAAUUCUUCCAGAAUAUCCCAAAAGAAUCUGGUCACACCAAUACAGGUUAUUUGCACUCUGGUCCGCAGUAUUGUAAAAGCCAAGAAGACAGCUCUGAGACUUCCAGUCAAGAGGAGGAUGUUAUGCACCAUAUGACAGUCCACAAGAAACCUGCUGGGAAAUGUCCAGUUACAAAUUUUGUUGCUAUGAAGAGUUCCCCCAGUGAUGGGACCAAUGUGUCACAUAACGAACAAAAUGGAACAAAUUGGAGGAAGAAAGACACCACUGAGUCUUCACAUUCUCAGCACUACAUAAAUGUAGGGCACCAGCAGCAUUUGUCGGAUAAACGGAGCUUACACCAAACGGGACGAGAGACUGCAGAAAGAAAUCAUUUUCCAAAGGCUGAUGGUCGGUCAAUGUACAAAGCAAUCAGGGUGAAACCAUCUCAAACUUCGAAGACCUCUACUGUGAAGGAUCCAACAUUGGAAGUUGGGUCUGGGCAUGAAACUUGUGGAGAAACCUCUUCGGAGAGUUACAGUUCCCCACCUAGCCCCCGCCAUAACAGGAGAGAAAGCUUUGAGAGUGAAGAAGAGAAGGAUGGAGAUACCGACAGUAAUUCUGAGGACUCCACCAAACCUGUUCCUGGAUUCACAACGUUCAGUGCAGUUAAGCCACCGAUUACUAAGUUGUCUAAUCACCUUGGCAACAAUGAAGAAAGUACUCUUGAGGAGGCUUUGGACAAUGUCAACUUCCCCCACUUUCCUAUUGUACCUACAUUGCACUGUGUGAUGCCAAGUGGCACAGAGAAAUUGGAACCCACGCUUCCACCAUCCCUUCCCACAGAAGGAAAGGCUGUGGGUAUGCUUGUUGCCCCAGUUUCCAUGUCUCCUUUGAGGGAAGGAUUUCAUCACAGUUCUCCUGGAAUUGGUGUUCCACCUGUAGCCUCUACUUUAGGAGAAUCUGAAAAGUGUAUUGAAAUACUGACUUCCUCUCUGCCUGUCCCUUCCCCAUUUCUUCCUCGUCAUUGUCAGCCCAGCAACCCUGCUCUGCCAAUUCAAAGGCUAAAAAUACCUACUCAGGGGCCAGCAGAGACAUGUACUGUUAACGGAUCAACACAGACUAGUUUGGGCUUAGGGUCUGCAAAUGCCGGCUUCUUUUCGUUUUACAGCCCUGGUCGGUUUACAGCCUCUCCUGUAACUGCUUCAGACCCACUGACUAAGCCUAUUUCACAAGUAGUAAGUCUUAAUCAGGUAGUGCCUCACCUGGAUGGGAAUGCCGGAGCUAUGCCUCCAACUACGAACCUGAAAUUGGUUUUUCCAGCCACUAAUUUGCCCUCUGCACCUUCAUCUGUCCCAUACCCAAUGUCUGGACCCUCACUUGCAAGUGGUGUCUUGCCUACCCCAAAUGCUAAUGUGCUGAAUACUGCUGCUACUCAGCCAGCUAAUAGUGGUGUAGGUCAGUUGCAACCCACCAUCCCUCCUACUGUUCCCACCCAUUGUACUGGGCCAGCUCCCAGCCCAAGCCCUGCUUUGACCCACAGUACAGCACAGAGCGAUAGCACUUCCUUUAUGAGUGCUGCAAUUAGUAAUGCUAGCACAAAUGGGACACUCCUACAACCUCAACAAAUGGGAUCAGGAGCAUGUGGGUCUUGUGGACGUCGAUGCAGCUGUGGAAAUAGUGGAGGAGUACCUGUGGGCAGUUAUUACUAUCCUAACCCAAUCACUGGACAGAUGUAUACAAGAGUUCCUCCCUUUAUUAUCCCAUCAAUUUGCAAUAACACCUACCUCAGCCAAGCACACCAGAGCAAUGGAACACAGUUUCCCGUCUUCCUGCAUCAGACUCCGUACACCACUGGUCUAAUGCAUGACCCUGUGCUCGGGGGUCAGGCCAACUAUGGCAUGCAACAGAUGGCAAGUUUUGCUAGGUUGUACCCAGUUUACCCAGCAACUAAUGUAGUAGGCAACACCAACGGAUCAGUGACUAAGAAAAAUGGCAAUAUGUCAUGCUUCAACUGUGGGGUCACUGGUCACUAUGCACAGGACUGUAAACAGCCACCUAUGGAAGCCAAUCAGCAAGGCACUUUCAGGCUGAGGUAUGCACCUCUCUCUAAACCCUCUCAUGAUUCUUUGGAUUCUGCUGACUGACACAAGUCCACAUAAAAAUAAAUAAAUAAACAAAUAAA